UUCAGUUUUAUUUCUCUUCGGUGAGAUCUUCCAACACAGUGCUUAACCGGCACGCCUAGAGGCAAUGGGUCGAAACGUUCAACCCACCAUAGCUCUGUCUCUGUCACUGCUCUGCCUGGCACUUCUUGCGCUGAUCGAAGCAAGUGCACCUCCACCAUGUAAAGUCAAGGUCACGUACAGUAUGAUGAGUCGUCUGACCAGCAAGAACCGCACCGAGGGAGACUGUGCCGAAGCUUGGAUGGAUCUUCAAUCAUAUCUACAGCAAACCGCCCAGAACCUGACCGAAUGCUUGGAGCGUGAAGCGUCUGCCACGGCUUCCGAUGCAGCUGCCACAGCCUGCCAACCACUGUUUGAGCAGCUCGAACAAGAGUCGGAAGCGGUCCGGCUCCAGCUCAACAAGGACAUGCAGAACAAGCUGCUGUACGAGGAGAUCGAAAUUGCCAAGGCAAAGAACGCGAUAGCUCGAAUCAAGAAGGAAAUCGUAUCGGUACAGGGCGAGUUUAAAGGGUACUACCAGCAGCUGCUACUGAUCUACAUCGAUGCGGGCGAUACAAGGCGUGCGCUGCGCCUGUACCAACGGUUGGUGUACUUGAAGGAGACUAACCUACAGCAAACUAUGCUAGGAUUCGUUUACUCCUCGCCGAAGUACGAAAACCGACGGCUCGAGAACUUGCUGGCGCUGGUAAAGCGGCUUCCAACGCCCGACGAACAAAUGUCACUGUACAGGCUGAUACAGCCGCAGGUGAUGAACCGUACCACGCAGUACUACAGCUUCCUCGGCAUGAUCGCUGCCCUCGAUAUGGAUCGGUUCAUACAGGAAAAGGAGGAGAGCCCGUUCAAGAAGCUGCGCGAUGCCAUGUUCUUCAACGCCAUGAAGCGCUGGAAGUUCCAAAUGUUGAGCGGAAACUUUAAGGACGUGGCAGAGUUCGCUAGAAAGUAUCCGGACUAUUAUGACAAGAUCAGCACACGGGUGGCAUUUGUGCAGCCCCAGUAUUGGUUUAAGUUUAGCUACAGCCAGUUCGUCACGUACCCGAAUCUGUUGCCCAAGCCCAAACAUCGGCUGGAAGCGUUCCGUGAGAUAUUGCGGCAGGUGAAGAAACGAAACACGGUGUACUACGACUACUAUCUGGCGAAGCUUGCCAAGCAGGUCGAUAUCUGCGAGAAGUAUAUCAAGAAGCAGAACAACGAGCUGGAGGGUAAGGAGGACCUGAUCAAGCUGAAGACGCAGUUUUCGGAGUUUGACAAAAAACAUGACUACGAGUACUAUCUGAAGAAUGUGGACAAGCUGACGAAGAAUAAACCACCGCUUCCGGCUAACCCUAACAGGCCAAAGACUAGAGGUGGUCUUAAUGGACGACGUUGAUUCCAAUGCUUCUCGGGAUGUAUCAUACGAAGAUUCAAUAAAGUUGAUGAGUUCAGAGCUUCA